CGGGGCAUUUAAAUGAAUUGCAAGAAUAAGAAGCGAUUACACAAAAAUGGCUUUCCUUGAAGAAAUUGAGGAGUUUCGCUUUUGGGCCACAAGCUUGGGCUGUACGCCAGAUGUUCUCCCUAACGAGGAAGCGCUAAGAUCCAUUUUUAAGUCUCGUCAGAGCCAACUGUUUGUUCAAAUGCAGAAGCGCGUGCAGCCGCGGCAACAUGUACAAGAGACUCGCGAAAAUUUACUUAUAGCCAAGGUCGCGCAACAUAAGGACAAGCCAAUCCCAGCCUGUGGGCGAAGUUUCCUGCCACGCGAGCUCCAAACACAUCUCAUGAUGCAGGACUUGCAGCGGAAAAAAGAAAAUGCCGAAGUGUGUUUGGCUGAGACCAAGAAGGAGUUUGAUGCCCUUGCAUCAUGCAUCAAAACAAAGAACAUGCAGUCAAUCAGUACGAAGCACAAGAAGGACCUACUUGAAUCCAAAUACAAUUUGCUGAAGUUCAAGCUGGAGUCCUUGGGCAAAACUUAUGAGCAAGAAUUAAAAAGCAAGUCGCAAAUACAGUCCACAAUGCCUGUUAAACUUAAUGCUAAAAAUACUAGUGAAAAGAAAGCUGCUGAAGCAGUGGAACAAGCUCUCAAGGAGCUAGAGAGCUUUUACAACAUUUGUGACGGCGGUAAUAGCAAUGGAUCCACUUCCACCGCUUUCGGCGACACCAAAGAGCGUCUGUGGGCACAAAUGCGUACCAUCUUUAGCAACACGCCUAAUUUCCUGGUGUUCAAUGCAAUCCUGAAAUUAAAAGAGGAACAACUGCAGCAUAUUAUGGAGCUUAACAAGACUUACAACAACGCUGAUCCGCACUCAACUAGUAAUGCGGCAUACGUGCGCCCACCGCUGGACAAUUUCGAAGUUAAGCUUCUGCGAACAAAGGCAGACUUACUGGGUUUGGUAGCCAAAUAUGUGGGUGCUCAAAAUGAGGUCGUCCAAUUGGAGGAGCGCUUUGCCAAGACCUAUAGUAUUUUCAUUAAUGAGCUUCAGAAGAAGGUGAAUAAUUGCAAUGCCAUCACCGACGAUGAAACCACCGAGGACAUCAUUUCCGACUUUAUUGUGCAGUACAAUAUGCGGAACUUUAAUCGGGCUCGCAACGAACAUCUGACGCAGCAGAUUGAGGAACUGCGUCUGGAACUAGAGUCAAAUGCUAAGAUCUUGGAAAAUCACGAGAUUUUGCUCGGCUCAAUCAAGCAGGUCUAUAGUGACAUCAAUCAAUCGGUUAAUCGCAUACAGUACGAGAUGUUGCAAUUGUCACAGAUCAAGGAAAAAAUAAUGUAUUCCAAAAACAUGCUAAAGAACAUCCUGGACGACAUGCAGGCAGCUUCGCACAACCAGAAUGCCAAGACGCAAUUGCUCUCGACUAAGCUAAAAGUAAACAACAUAUCAAUGAUGGGUAUGGAGAGCUUUAAUCUGGCCAACGACAGCGUCUUCUCCAGCACCAAGCUAGACUUCGAUGCAAAUGCCAGUGCCAUGAAUAUCACUUUACGUCGAAGCUUCGACAACACCACACUGGUGCCGGGUAACACAACAUCUGCCACCGCUGCCUUAGUGGCUGCUAAUGCUGGAGGGGCGCCUACACUGCCGUGUCAUCUCACCGAACUGAAUACAUUUACUGAUAUGCCAUUGGAGAAAUUAAGUUGUAUACCGCGUGCCUGCUCCUUCUUAUUGUCACCCAAUCCACUCAUUGUCGAAUCGCAUGAGCUUGCCUCCACCAUACAGCUGGCGCCUGGCCUGUUGCUAACACCCCUGGGCGCUUUGCAGGAAGUACGUAAACGUAUUUUGUGGGCGUCAUCAAUUGCUGAGCACAUGUCUGACCUGAAAUUUAAUUUGGAUGCAAUAAUUGUUGAUCCACAUGAUUUUAAAAUGAAGGCCAAGUGCCAAAACGAGCAAGUUGUGCAAUCGCUGGACAACUUGGAAUCUACGGGCGCAAAAACGAAACAUUUGCUACAGAGAGCCGAACGAAUUUUCCGAUUCAUCCUUCACAAUCCCCUGCACCACUAUGUGCCCCCUAAAAGAUGUUAUAAUAACGCGACGUAUGCAGACUAUGAGUCGGAGUUUAACCUAUAUCAUCGUAUUGCCACCAAUGGUAGUUCUAUAAAGUAAACACGGUUAUUUGAAGCCCAGUAAAUAAAUAUUUCCCUUAGUUUUAGAUGUGAAGUAAACUUUUUACGCUGAUGAUUGUUGUUUCAUUGAUCGAAAAUAAAAUAUUAGAAUUUGUAAAACA